UCUUGCCUCACAUGACUCUUCACAACUGUCAUGGCUGCCUCCUGCUCGUUGGUGUGCUGCGAAGAGGAGACAAGCGACAAAGCUGUCCUAGUCCGCUUUUCGAACGGCUGCGUCCAAGAUGCUGACAGACUGGACUUCAGCACGUUCAAGAACGUGGAUGAAAACAACCCGAGGAAGAAGAGCAGGCGGAUAGUGGUCGCUGAAUCAGAAAGGAUGUGUUAUGUUGGGCAGAACUUUGGCGCUGGAUCCAUGAAGUGCAACAACUUUUGCCAAUAUUAUGUUGGAGUUCUGAACAAACGGACCUUGCAGAUGGAGGUGCACAGCGCUCAGGUGUUCAACCUGCAGCCUGUUAUACCAGGAGAGAGAACUGAGACGGCAAAACCUCAGCACACUGCUCAGGCCUACAAAGACAAGGUUGAUUCGUUGAUUGAGGCGUUUGGCAGCAACAAACAGAAGCGAGCUCUGAGCUCCCGCAGGCUGAAUCAGGUGGGGAGCGACACCCUGCAUCAAGCUGUGGCUAAAGCUGCCGGCGCCGUGAUCGACCAGAAGGGCCUGGAAGCUCUCCAGCAGGAAGUGGCAGACAUAGAGUCCCAGGGAUCUCUGGCUUCCCACCUGCCUCCCUGCAAUCCAAACGCAGAGAAACUAGAGGACGUCUACCCGUUCGAUGAAAUCUUGAGUCCGGAUGAGUUUGCUGCUUUAGAGCAGGCUGGUUCCAAGAUGGCAGCACUUACCACAGAAGAGCUGAAUAAGAUGAGAGAUGAAGAAAAGUCUCUCUGUGUUGUGAAGCGUCUGGAGAACAUGCCGACCGUGGACAAAGACCGAGACCGAAUGGCUCGUUGCACCUUUUACCUGUCUCUGCUCCUGAACCUGGCUCACCAGAAGAUCGUCACCCGAAAGUUUGGUCAGGAGGAGGGCUGUCCUCGCAUCAUUCAGAACAAGCUGUUCAGAACGUUCACCGUUGAAACUUUCAACAAUGGCAGGGUCCUAAACAAAGUGUCAACAUCAAUGCGGGCCAAACUGGCAGCUUACAGCCUGGCUCUGCUGCUACACAUGGGUCACAUGAGCGCAGACCUGACGCUACUGCAUCGCGACCUGCGAAUCACUGAGGCCAAGAUGGUUGAGGUUGCAAAGUCAAUGGGACUGUCUUUGAAUAAACCAGCCCGGGUCAAGAGUGGCGAGGCUGGACUGAGCCAGGACAACCGGCAUGCCUCUGUUGUUCUGCCUCUGGUCAAAUACGAUCAGUUCCUUGAGAGACGGAAGCGCAAGAAAAUGCACUGAAGACGUAAAGAACAGGAAAGAGACUUUAAGAAGUGGAAACAACACAAACAGGAAGUGUUUAUUUGUGUAUUCUGUCAACAAAUAAAGAGGUUAAC